AUGCAUGGGGCAAAAGCGGCAACCGUCGCGAAUGCCACAUCUGGGUUCAGAGCUUGUGGUAUUUAUCCAUACAAUCCUCAGGCCAUUCCAGAACAUUUUUUCUCCAUUUCGGACGCCAGUAUCUCAGCCGCUAGCGCAAAUAAAGCUCUUCCUUCAACAUCAAAUCAUUCUAAUUUAACUCCAGGGCCAAAUAAAGCUCAACCUUCUACUUCCUUCUCUCCUGGACAUACAAACAUGGGUGUUUCUGAUAUGUCUACCGAUUCUCAAACCUCCAACGAAGCCUCAGAAGUUUCAUUAAAUUUAGAAGAAAAAGAAACUCCUUCAAAAUUUUUAAGAGAAGAUAACCCAAUUCCUCUAAUACCUAAUACAAUUCCGAAAAGGAAACAACAUGCUUUAGAACUGACGUCUCCUGAAAAUCGGGUUAAAAGACGAGUAUUCUCAGAGAAAAAAAAACAAGCUCAAGAUAAAAAAGACAAACGAAAAAAGCCGAGCGAAAAUGAGAAAAAAAUUAGGAGGAAAGCCUGCGUUAAACAAGUUAAAAGAAAACAAAAUGUAUCAAGUUCGUCUUCGUCGGAAACUGAACCACAUUUUAGCUCCUCUGAAGACUUAUCUGAUGACACUGAUGAUUACUGCCUUGAAUGUCGCGAAUACUACUACACCACCAAAUCUAAGGUUGACUGGAUUCAAUGUGAAGCAUGUAGUAAAUGGUUACAUGAAACCUGCACGAACCACACAAACAUGUGUAAUCUUUGUGCCACGAAAAAACGUUAAUUUUCUACUAGGGGCGUAUUUCACAAGUUUCGGGCAAAUACGCCCCAAAUGCUUUUUUUUUUAAGUUUGGUUGUUUGUAACUUUUCUUAACCUUAGUGAGAAAUUAUGUUUAUAUUAGAGAAAAACGAUGUUUAGUUGCUUUGUUUUUGUAUUAAUGAAUAAAAAAAUUGGUUUAUUAUGUUGGUGAUUUCCAUUUUCCAAAAUGUGGGGCGUAUUUCACCGGUCUACCCUAUAGAA